UCGAUUCAUAGUCUCGGCAGCGGCGAACAUUUUCAAUUGAAAACAAUUCGAACAGAAAAAUUCGCUAUGGCAAUCUCUCUUUGUGCGAUUGUUGAAUUUUUUGCUCAUUGAGUCAUGCGAUUCGUACGUACCAGUCUUUGUGUUGUUGUCGUUUAGUAAUGAGAGUAAAAAUGCAUUCAGUUCUAAUCGACGUGUUCACGAAAGAAGGUCGAAAAUGACGAUUAAGUUGGAGAUGAUGUGGGGUUGUAAAAAUCUGUUCCAAUACCUCGCCAUGGUUUCGGGUACCUUCUCGACUAUUUGCAGCGGAAUGCACUACGGAUGGCCCUCGCCCUCUUUGCCCAAGUUGGAAGGCUGGGUGGACAACGAGGAGGGCUCCUGGAUGGCCGUGAUGCCGUUGGUUGGCGCAGUGUGCGGCUCGCUCUGUGGUGCUUACAUCGUCGACAUCAUCGGAAGAAAGAAGACCUUGCUCUUCGCGAUGUUUCCGUUCUUCACCGCCUGGAUGCUGGUCGCGUACGGCAAGUCGUUCGCCGUCCUCAUGGUCGCGCGACUUCUCGCCGGAAUCGCGGACGGUCUGACUUUCACCGCCCUCCCCAUUUACCUCGGCGAGAUUUCCGAUCCGAAAAUUCGCGGACUGCUCGGCUCGAGCGUCUCGGUGACCUGGAUUUUCGGCAUAAUGCUCAUCAACGCGAUCGGAUCGUACUUGGAGAUAUCGCUGACGGCCCUGAUAUCGUCCGCAUUUCCCGCCUUGUGCUUCGUGACCUUCAUCUGGAUGCCCGAAACUCCCUACUUUCUUCUGAUGAAGGGGCAGGAAUCGGAGGCGCGCAGAAGUCUGCGAAUUUUCAACGGCAAACAGGAGGUCGAAAGAGAGCUAGAGGUAAUGGCCGAAGAAGUCAAAGAGCACAACGCGUCCAACGGAAAAUGGCUGAACCUAUUCGUGGUCCCGAGCAACCGCAAGGCGCUCUACGUUAUGAUGGGAACGCGCGGAUUUCAGCAGCUCGCCGGAGUUUCCGCGAUCACCUUCUACGCGUACUCCAUCUUCGACAACGUCGGCGAUCUGGUAUCACCAAGCGUUGCCUCAAUUAUCUACUUCACAAUACAAGUAGUAGUGUGCACGUGCUGUUCCGUAAUCGUCGACCGAACGGGACGUCGGCCGCUACUCAUAAUCUCAAUCACCGGCUCGGGAAUCGCGCUACUCGUCAAGGCCAUUUACUUCCUCAUAAAGGAAGAAACCGAAAUUGACGUGGACGACUACAGUGUCAUCCCGAUCAUUGCGAUGAUCGCCUUCGUUCUCAUCUUCAGCAUCGGAAUGCAGAGCAUACCGAUCCUUCUCCUCGGCGAGAUCUUUCCGACGGACGUCAAGGCCUUCGCCGUCUGUUUCGCCGACAUCUACUUCAGCUUGGUCGCGACCAUCGUGUCCAAGUUUUUCCAAAUUACCAAGGACAACUACGGAUUGCACGUGCCGUUCUUCGCCUUCUCCGGUUUCUGUUUUUUGGGACUGCUCUUUAUGUACCACGUCGUUCCGGAGACGAACGGAAAGACCUUGGAAGAAAUUCAGCAGUGCUUUAGAGGGAAGGAUUCUAAGGAGACGACGGAGGAGUAUCGAAAAAACCCAGAAAUUUAAGUGAAAUGUCGUUGACCGACAGUAUUUUUGUAAACGGAUCUAGUUAACAUGUAAUCAAUUAUUUAAAUAAAGUAGGUAGCUUUUGUA